CCCCGACCAGGAAGGGAAUUUGGGAAAAUAGACAAACUGGAGGUAGAGGAUGAAAGAGGGGGAGAGGUGGGUGAGAGAGAGAGAGUCUGACUGAGGGAAAGAUUUUGGGAUCUUCACCAGAGCGCCAACCUUCCCUCGUGAGAAGAGCACAGCAACGCCACAAUGCUCAUUAAGGAAUUUCGAGUUAUUCUGCCCAUAUCAGUGGAAGAGUACCAGGUGGGGCAGCUGUACUCAGUAGCAGAGGCCAGUAAGAAUGAGACAGGAGGAGGAGAGGGAGUGGAGGUGUUGAAGAAUGAACCAUACAAGAAGGACGGGGAGACGGGACAGUACACACACAAGAUAUACCACCUGCAGAGUAAAGUUCCAUCGUUCGUCAGAAUGCUAGCUCCAGCAUCGGCCCUUAACAUCCAUGAGAAGGCCUGGAACGCAUACCCCUACUGUCGCACAGUUAUCACUAAUGAGUUCAUGAAAGAUAACUUCCUGAUCAAGAUUGAGACGUGGCACAAACCUGAUCUAGGACAGCAGGAAAACGUCCAUUGUCUGGAUGCAGACACCUGGAAGAAGGUGGAUGUUGUUCACAUCGACAUCGCAGACCGCAGCCAGGUGGAUACCAAGGACUAUAAGCCAGAGGAUGACCCCACUAAAUUUAAGUCAGGGAAGACUGGCCGAGGCCCUCUGGGACCAGAUUGGAAGAAGGAGCUCCCUAAGAAGACAGACUGCCCACACAUGUGUGCCUACAAACUGGUGACAGUCAAGUUCAAGUGGUGGGGCCUGCAGAACAAAGUGGAGAACUUCAUCCAGAAGCAAGAGAAGCGUCUGUUCACCAACUUCCACCGUCAGCUGUUCUGCUGGAUCGACAAGUGGAUCGAACUCACCAUGGAGGACAUCCGUCGCAUGGAGGACGACACACGCAAAGAACUGGACGAGAUGAGGGUGAAGGAUCCAGUGAAAGGCAUGGUGGCUCUGGAGGACUGAUGAGACUGGAGGAAGACUGACUGACCCUGCUGCUGUUACGCUGAUCAGAACUGUAAGCCGACCGACACCAGCUGAUUCUACCCUCCUUCUCCUCUUGCUCUGUCAACACCAGCUUCUCUGCCCCCCCCCCCCCAGAUUGGUGUAGUCUGUUGAGGAUAUGGACCACCCCACUCUUUAGUCUAGAGUGGACUGAUCCACUCCUCUACCUUAACCCAGUCAGUCCUGAGACAGACAGACAGACAGUUCUUGUAAUAUAAUAAUAAUAUAUCCCAUUUAGCAGACGCUUUUGUCCAAAGCGACUUACAAGUCGGCUGGGGCCACUACUUUUACAUAUGGGUGGCCCCAGCGGGAAUCGAACCCACGACGCUUGGCGUUGCAAGCGCCAUGCUCUACCGACUGAGCCACACAGACUUGGCCACACAGACACAGACUUGUGUACAUACCCAGUCUAUAUAGUGUAUCCUCUGAGCUCCAGACAGAAGGUGCUCCCUUCAGACACAGCGACCAGGAGAUGUGUUAUAAUAUUAACAGGGUUUUUAAAGCUUCAGUUUGUCUGCAGUAAAAGUUGCCCGUUUCUUUCAGGACCAAGCUGUUGUUUCUCUCUCUGUGACUGUUUAUUUUAUUUUAUUUGAUUGCUAAUUUAUUUUCUAUUGGUCAUCCUGUCUUCUGAUAGGUUGUUAACCAGACCUCCUCCUCUACACCAUCCAAUCACGUUGUUUGUAUUGCCUCUCUCCUUCAUAUCAACCACCUCCAUUAACAACAGGUACCUGAUGUUAUUCACACAGAGCUGGGUAGGCGGAGCUUACACCUCAUGGCCAAUAGAACAGUUCAAAAGGGAGAAACUUUACCUACAUGCCAUUUUUUUUUUACCUUUAUUUUACUAGGCAAGUCAGUUAAGAACAAAUUCUUAUUUUCAAUGACGGCCUAGGAACAGUGGGUUAACUGCCUGUUCAGGGGCAGAAUGACAGAUUUUGAUUUGAACUUGCAACCUUUCGGUUACUAGUCCAAUGCUCUAACCACUAGGCUACACUGCCGCCCCAUGCAGUGGGUGGAUGGCGAAGUUGCCCCCUAGAUGCUGAUCUCGGGUCAGGUUUCCCCACUAAUGGUUAAGGUUAGAAUUGGGGGGAAGGGAAUCAUUUCAAUUUUUUUCUCUUUCUGUCUCUUUCUCUCUCGAUCUUUCUUUCCAUCUUAUCUCCCUCAUCCUGUUAUUGAAGAUCUUCACAAGCCGGGCUAGGUUAGGUUUCUGUAGAGGUGUGUGUUUGGUGUAGCUGUCUGUAUUAUAGUACUAGUGUUUAGGGGGAGACGGGUGAUGAGGAAGGGGAGGAGUGUUUGUGUGUGUGUGCGUUGGUCUGUGUUUGUCAAGAUCUGUCCUACGCAUGCCUGUGACUUUCUGCCCUCUCUCCUCCUCCUCUUCAUUCUCUUCCUCCUCUUUCUCUGUAUCCUUCCCUUCCUUCAGUACAAACAAUAUUCUACCUUUCUCAUGGAAUGGAAGCCUCAACCUAUCCUCCCUCCAUCUGUCCAUCCCACCAUACUGCCAUCAUUCCAUACAUCCCUCCCUCCAUCUGUCCAUCCCACCAUACUGCCAUCAUUCUGUCCAUCCCACCAUACUGCCAUCAUUCUGUCCAUCCCACCAUACUUCCAUUUCUGUCCAUCCCACCAUACUGCCAUCAUUCCAUACAUCCCUCCCUCCAUCUGUCCAUCCCACCAUACUGCCAUCAUUCCAUACAUCCCUACCCCCAUCUGUCCAUCCCACCAUACUGCCAUCAUUCUGUCCAUCCCACCAUACUGCCAUCAUUCUGUCCAUCCCACCAUACUGCCAUGGGACAUGUAUAGUGUCUUCAGAAAGAAUUCAGACCCCUUGACUUUCUCCACAUUUUGUUACGUUACAGCCUUAUUCUAAAAUGGAUUCAAUACAAAUAUACACACAAUAUAUAUACAAAAGUAUGUGGACACCCUGUCAAAUGAGUGGAUUCUAUUUCAGCCACACUUGUCACUGACAGGUGUAUACAAUCGAGCACACAGCCAUGCAAUCUUCAUAGACAAACAUUGGCAGUAGAAUGGCCUUAUUGAAGAGCUCAAUGACUUUCAAUGUGGCACCGUCAUAGGAAACCACCUUUCCAACAAGUCAGUUCGUCAAAUUUCUGCCCUGUUAGAGCUGCUCCGGUCCACUAUAAGAAGUAUUAUUGUGAAGUGGAAAAGUUUAGGAGCAACAACGGCACAGCUGCAAAGUGGUAGGCCACACAAGCUCACAGAACGGGACCGAGCGCUGAACUUAUCAGCUGACCACAUCAUAUGAUAUAACCUUCUGAUGUCCCACUGAGCAGUCAAUUAUGUAAUUCAACAUCUGCAUUUCCCUAUAUAGUGGGGCUCCCGAGUGGCGCAGUCGUCUAAAGCAAGAGGCGUCACUACAGUCCCUGGUUCACAUCUGGCCGUGACUGGGAGUCCCAUAGUGCGGCGCACAAUUGGCCCAGCGUCGUCCGGAUUUGGCCGGGGUAGGCUGUCAUUGUAAAUAAGAAUUUGUUCAUAACUGACUGAAAUAAAGGUUAAAUAAGGUUUAAAUAAAAAUGUAAAAUAAAAUAGUGCACUUCCCCAUGAGGGUCUGGUUAAAAGUAGUGCACUAUGUAGGGAAUAGCAUCUCAAAUGGCACCCUAUCUUGGUCAGUUAAAGGGGGAGGGACUUAUGAAGAGGAGGAGGACCUAGAUGGUCUGAGACAUAAUGUUGUCGUUCCAGGCUGACGACAUUACAGAUGUACUCCAACCAAACACUUCCUGUGGGCCACGUCAGUGGGACAUCAGAAGGGUAGCGAGUGAUUUAGCUGGGCUGUUUGACUAACUGGGCCCAGUCCCAAAUGGACCCUUAAACCCUAAAGAGGGUUUAUGCACUUGAGGUGAUCUAAGAGGAUUUGACAGGUAAUGUAUAAUUAAUCUGGUAGUAUCUUCACUUUGCCCUCUCACAUCACCACACGUAGAUAAGGGCAUAAAGUCCAUUUGGGAUUGGGCCCUAGCCUUUAGGGGACUAAAGACUCCUUCACCUGGUGAGCGAUGGCGGCUGACAGAGACAACCUCAGAGAUAUCUUGUUAGCUCCUUGGGUUUGUAAUCAGAAUGACUAAUGAGUAGAGAACUCCCAAACUGUUGAUUUCUGUUAAUAAUAAAGAAGCUGUUUGUUUUCCUCUCUUGCUUGUUUCUGUUUCUUUCCAUUUUGUCUUCUCCUCUUCCAAACUACAUUAGAGACUUGAAGAAAGUCAAUAAAUAAGUCAACCAGAGGAAAGUAACAUUUGUGUUGUUCAUGAAGACCAGACUUCAGUCGUUCUGCCCCUGAACAGGCAGUUAACCCACUGUUCCUAGUCCAUCAUUGAAAAUAAGAAUUUGUUCUUAAUUAACUGACUUGCCUAGUUUAAUAAGGGUAAAAAAAAAAAACGUCAGCAAGACAAAGGAGCUGAUUGUGGAAUAUAGAAAACGGAGGGCCCUCAUCGAUGUGGUGGUCGUGGAGCGGGGUAGAGCUUCAAGUUUCUCGGUGUCCACAUCCCUAAGUAAUAUCAUGGUACACCAACACAGUCAUGAAGAAGGCUCAACAAGGCCUCUUCCCCCUUGGGCGAUUGACUGUUCUCUCUGUUACCGACAAGCAGUCGGAAACAGUGAUGCACCAAGUCUGGAAACACCCUGAACAACUUCUGCCAAACCAACAGUCUGCUGAAUAGUUAGUCUGGGUAGCUUUUUGAUUAACUAUUUAACUAUCUACAUUGACCCUUUUUGCAUGAACUCUUUUGACUCAUCAUAUAUUCUGCUGUUACUGUUUAUUAUACAUCCUGUUGCAUAGUCACUAUCCUACAGUGCCUUGGGAAAGUAUUCAGAACCCUUGACUUGUUACACAUUUUGCAGCUUUAUUCUAAAAUUGAAUAAAUAUUUUUCAUCAAUCUACACACAAUACCCCAUAAUGACAGCAAUUUGUUUUUAUAUAUACAUAAAAAUCGGAAAUAUACAAUUUACAUAAGUACACAAGUAGUCAGACCCUUUACUCAGUACUCUCUUGAAGCACCUUUGGCAGCGAUUACAGACUCGAGUCUUUUUGGGUACAAGCUUGGCACACCUGCAUGUGUGCCUAGGGUCUUGUCCUGUUGAAAGGUGAACCUUCGCCCCAGCCUGAGGUCCUGAGCGCUCUGGAGCAGGUUUUCAUCAAGGACCUCUCUGUACUUUGCUCAUCAUCUUUGCAUUGACCCUGACUACUUUCCCAGUCCCUGACGUUGAAAAACAUCCCCACAGCAUUAUGCUGCCACCGCCAUGCUUCACCUUAGGGAUGGUGCCAGGUUUCCUACAGAUGUGACACUUGACAUUCAGGCCAAAGAGUUCCAUCUUGGUUUCAUCAGACCAGAGAAUAUUGUUUCUAAUGGUCUGAAAGUCUUCAAGUGCCUUUUGGCAAACUCCAAGUGGGCUGUCAUGUGCUUCCGUCUGACCACUCUACCAUAAAGGCCUGAAUGGUGGAGUGCUGCAGAGAUGGUAGUCCUUCUGAAAAGUUCUCCCAUCUCCACAGAGGAACUCUGGAGCUCUGUCAGAGUGACCAUCGGGUUCUUGGUCUCCAAAGGACCUUCUCCCACAUUGCUCAGUUUUACCGGGCAGCCAGCUCUAGAAUGAGUCUUGGUGGAUCUUACCUUCUUCCAGUUAAGAAUGAUGGAGGCCACUGUGUUCUUGGGGACCUUCAAUGCUUCAGCAUAUUUUUGGUACACUCCACCAGAUCUGUGCCUCGACACAAUCCUGUCUCAGAGCUCUACGGACAAUUCCUUCGAGCUCAUGGCUUGGUUUUUGCUCUGACAUGCACUGUCAACUGUGGGACCUUACAUAGGCAGGUGUGUGCCUUUCCAAAUCAUGUCCAAUCAAUUGAAUUUACCACAGGUGGACUCAAAUCAUGUUGUAGAAUCAUCUGAAGGAAGCACCUGAGCUCAAUUUCAAGUCUCACAUCAAAGGGUCUGAGUCAUUUGGUAAAUAAGGUAUUUCUGUUCGAAAACAGUUUUUGCUUUGUCAUUAUAGUAUUGUGUGUAGAUUGCUGAGGAAAAUGUUUUAUUUUAUGAAUUUUAGAAUAAGGCUGUAAUGUAACAAAAUGUGUAAAAAGUCAAGUGGUCUUGUCACGUUCUGACAUUAGUUCCUUUGUUAUGUCUUUGUUUUAGUCAGGGCGUGAAUUGGGGUGGGUAGUCUGUUCUUUUUUCUAUGUUGUGUUUCUGUGUUUGACCCUGUAUGGUUCUCAAUCAGAGGCAGGUGUCGUUCGUUGUCUCUGAUUGAGAAUCAUACUUCGGUAGCCUUUUCCCACCUGUGUUUUGUGGGUGAUCCUGUUUAGUGUUUUUUUUUCAUUCACCUGACUGGACUGUUCGUUUGUCGUUUGUCGUUUUGUUCAGUGUUCAGUUAUUUUAUAAAAAAUAUGAACACUUA